AAUAGAAGGCCACCCUAAAAAGUUUGAUCCGACGGGACACAAGAGAAAGCCAUGCCCUUCUAUUCUGGGGGGGGGUUUACUUAUGAUUAUAACACACUGUACUGUAUAUAUAACAUCCAAACGCUUCUUUUACACAUAUUUGAUGACUAACCCCAGCAGUCUAGAUAUUCUGACUACCUCAGUUUGUAGAGAAUUUCAAGGGCCGUCCAAAAGCAUAGUAUAGAGAAGUGUAUGAUGUUUUGUUUAUGGCGAAAAUCUGGCUAAACGAGUGUUCUGCCGGUGUUUUCGGCACGCUAACGCUUCUUUUAAAUGUCUAUGCAGACUGACUCAACCAAGACGGUCUGGGUAGCUCAGUUUGUAGAGACUUUCAAGGGCUAUCAAUUCAUGGGUUUUUUAUUCUCCGUGAGUGUAAGAAGGAUGAGCGAAGUAGCGUUUACUUAUUCUGUAGGGCUAGUUUGGAGUUUGCCGAAGUGAAUAGUAUUAUUGAGAAAUUAACCGGGUUUUAGUGAGAAAUAUAUCUGAUUCCAUCUGGGAUUGAAUACUGCGAUGUUUUUCAUUGACAGGAAGCCACGUUUAUUCGUAAAGAGAGUGGGCCAAUUUCUAACCUUGUACGUUCCCGUCCUUUGGAAAAUAAACACAUACACAGUUCUCAACCAUUUUAAGCGUAGUAAUUUAUUCAAGUAUUAUUUAUCAUUAGAUACCAUUAAAAAAUACCUGUUAAGGAAAUGAUCCAUUUUUUGUUUCCAAUAGAGGCUAGGGUUCCCCUAAGAGAUUUUUUAUCGAAUAAAACGUUUUCUCGAAUUCGUCUGUUUUUAACCUACUUCUAUUGAUAUCUGACACAAAAUAAGACUAUAUUAUACGAAAAUAAUCAUUUUUUAACUGUUCUUUCAAAAGAAAUGUUGUAAACUGUUUGUUCAAGUACAAUCAAAACGCAAAAUUAUAAGUUCCUACAGUUCAGAACCCGUUUGAUUAAUAAACGGAGAAGGAGUGUAUGGGCGUAAAAUAGAUAGAAUGCUAUGGACCUUGUUGAAGAUUACGAUACCUUUUCAGCAUAAAUGACAAAAAGAUUCCAUUUUUUACAGAAGGCGCUAAAAUUGCAGGAUACAUCCUUGUACACUAUCAGAAAAUUUGAACCACACUGUGAUCUUCAGAAUUCACAGUUUAGCUUGACUACCGUAUCAAAGAUGACAUUUUGCGACAGUAUUGGACUUGGUAUACCGCGUGCUAUCUCUCUCAAUAUCACUAUUCUUUCUUAAACAUGGUAGAGACCGGUGUCGUUUUUGUUUCAAGUUUUUAACUAUUGGCGUUCAUCAGUUUCCCCGAAAACUCAGUUUUUCAUUGUGUCAAAUUAUGAUCCCCGUUAAAUUUCAUUCAUCGAGUUAAAAGUUCUACCAAGCGUACUCAAGAUCAUAUCCCAGCCGUAAUUUUGGAAAAAGUUUUUUAAGACCUUUCUUGGUCGAGUUAUAGGAAAAAUACUGAAAAACGUCUCAAAAACCAACUUUUUCAAUUUUAAAAAUCCUCUGACUCGUAAAGAAAGGUCCAAAAUAAAAUUCCCCCAAAAAUACCUCUGCAGACUGUUAAACUAGAAACUCGCCGAUUUAUUGCCGAUUUUGACUACAUGGGCAUGUAUAACAGAAAUUUCGCGUCUUUCUUUUUACAGUAUUUGACGCACCUACUGAUAAAUACGAUCAAUGGAUUCAGGAACAGGUCAGAGGUGUUCAUGCGGCCGUUGUUGUUGCGCCUGUUGCCUACGAACAGGCCCGUAUUUCAUUAAGAUCUGGAGGAAAAUUAAUCGCUGUGGCAUUAACAGUCGAAAAACUCUCAUUUCCAAUAUUUGAAACAGUUCUGCGUUCAGUUCAAAUUAUCGGUACUGUACUCGGCACAAGACAAGAUAUGAGUAGAGAUGUUAGCCGCCGAUUUUUCGCCGUCGCUGAAAAUAAAACGUCUGCGGAAACUUAUCCACCGCCGCCGACCAUAUCUAGAUGCUAUUUUGCUUCACAGUACAAUAUUUGA